AUGUGGGUGGUCCUACGAGUUUUCUCUCAUAAUGAUCACAAGGAUGUGGUAGUGGAGGUUAGUGGUAUGAUAGAUUUGGAUCAUAGGAAGGUGUGUGGUAGAAUGGGGCUUGUGAGUAUGGUUGUUGAGGGCUAUGUUGAGGGAAAGAAUUGUACACUCCACCUCCUCUGUAUUGCUCGCGCUCUCACACCUACAACGAACAUAAGGAACUCGGAUUCUGAAAGACGGACGUCCAACCUUGCAGCACAUAGCUCGGCUGAUAUCGAGGAGUUGAAGCCGACCUAUUUCCCAGAAACCGCUCAACGCGAGGAGCAACAGCCCGAAGAUGAAAAAGAAGAGUCCGACAACCCUGUAGGUCUCUUCAUAGAAGAAGUAAUGAACUUUGAACUGCCGAAGAGGUUCACUCUGCCGCUGACCCUCACGCCUUUUGAUGGACUCGGAGACCCGAGGAAGUUUCUGAUGAGAUUCCGAUCAAUAAUGAUCGUCAAUGGUUCUAUUUCACGCUUUCAUCAGUUGGCGAAGUUAUUUGAAGAGCAUUUCGCCGGAUCCGCAAUAUACUUGCACGAUUCCAAUUACUUGAACACUAUCAAGCAAGGACCAAACGAAAGCUUAAAGGACUACAUGACCUGCUUCACCAAGGUCGCGAUCAGCAUACCAGACCUCCACCCCGAGGUCCAUCUGCACGCAAUUAAAAGCGGCCUUCGACCCGGAAAGUUCCAGGAGACGAUUGCAGUAGCAAAACCGAAGACUCUAGCAGAAUUUCAGGAGAAAGCAAAAGGACAAAUUGAUAUCGAGGAGCUCAGACAAGCUCGGAAGUCUGACAAGUCACACUCCCGCGAAGAAAAUAAAAGCUCAACCAUUAAGAAAAGUUUUAAACUAACACCUCGAUUUGAUUCUUAUACGCAGUUUAACACUAAGAGAGAAGACAUAAUCAAAGAGAUCUUGAACUCAAAACUAAUCAAGCCACAAAGAAAGGCCGGCACGUACCAAGAUACAAAGAACGUGGAUAAAUCGAAGUACUGCGCUUUCCACCAGAAACACGGCCACAAUACCGAUGAUUGUGUGGUCGCCAAGGAUCUUUUAGAACGACUAGCAAGACAAGGACACCUAGACAAAUACAUUGGUGGUCACAUCCAAAAACGCGGCCCUAGCUCCACAACAAGCGACCCCUCUGAACAACACCAAGGAAAAGAGAAGGCAUCUUCAAGCCAAUAUGAAAGACCAUGA